AUGUCUGCUGCUGCUGGUUCUCCAAGAGAAAGGAGUGCACUACGCCUGGUUCUCCAAGAGAAAGGAGUGCACUACGUCUGGUUCUCCAAGAGAAAGGAGUGCACUACGUCUGGUUCUCCAAGAGAAAGGAGUGCACUACGCCUGGUUCUCCAAGAGAAAGGGGAGUGCACUACGUCUGGUUCUCCAAGAGAAAGGAGUGCACUACGUCUGGUUCUCCAAGAGAAAGGAGUGCACUACGUGGGGGAAAGGGAGCCUUUUGAGCUGCAGCCUAGAUGGCCAGCACCGGGGGCUGAGUGCGAGGAACCUCAUCUUCCCCAGGACGAAUCGAGACAUCCCGAGCCUGCAUUCAGAGAGGCGCAGAAGUGGAUCGAGGAGGUGACGGGGAGAAGUUUCGGGGAGAAUGACUUCCGGAGCAGCCUGGAGAACGGGAUCCUGCUCUGCGAGUUACUGGGGUCCAUCAGACCAGGUUUGGUCCAGAAGAUCAACAGACUACCUACACCUAUCGCUGGACUGGACAACCUGUCAGUGUUCCUCAGAGGCUGUGAGGAGUUGGGUCUGAAAGGUUCCCAGCUGUUUGAUCCUGGUGACCUACAGGACACCUCCGUACGAGCCAACCUCAGGGACUCAGACUGCAAUAGAAAACUGAAGAAUGUAUUAAUUACAGUAUUCUGGCUGGGGGAAGGCUUCCAGUGUGUGAGUGAGGACAGGUCUGGGUCAGACAGUGUGAGGCCAGGUGUGAGGGACAGUGGUUACGACUGUUGGGACUCAGAGCGGAGUCAGUCUCUUUCUCCCCCACAACACACACGGGACGACUCCCUGGACAGCCUGGAUUCUUUUGGCUCGCGCUCCCAGGCUAGCCCCUCCCCUGACGUCAUCAUCCAUGGCAACAGUGAUGGUGACUCAGAAGGCGAUGCCCCCAACAGGAAGCCAGAUGUCCGUCGUGAUGACAUGUUAGCUCGUCGUACGGCGGCCGGCGAAUCACGGACCUUCGUUCCCUUUAACCAGUUCCUGCCCAAUCGCAGCAAUGUCUCUACCUACGUUCCCACCGCCAGACGCAGGCCACGCCCUCAGGAUGGAGAGCACGGCAGUCUCCCUCAGCCCAUCUUAGAGGAGGGAAGAGAGGGGGAGGGGGGAGGUCCCUUUAAGAGACCACCAGGUCCCCGCUCCAGAAACCCCAAGACAGUCACAUGGGCCCCAGAUGGGGAGGGGCCUAAAGAGGAAGAGGGGGGGCAUGGGCAGGAAGAAGAAGUGUUGAAAUGGGAAGUAGAAGAACGUCAGAAGGUGCAGAGGCUGGAGAAGGCAGGGAUUAAAGUUCUACCUGCUGUGAUUCGCUACGGCAGAAGGCUGUUGGACCCUGACUCGGAGGGUGAGGCAGAGGUGAAGAGGGGGGAGGAGGGGAGGAAGGUUCCUGACGCCCGUAGAGACCUGGCGCUGGCCGCGCCCCCACGCCUCGCGGUUCCCAGAGUGUACCAGUCAUCUCCCCGCCUGCCUGCAGCCUCCGACAGAGAGCUCUGGGAGGAGAUCAGACGAGUCACACACUGCUCUGAUGGAGAGAAG